AGCGUUUAAACGUACUUCACAAAAUUUGUCCUUAUGCAGACCCCGUAAAUGUAGCAAGAAACAUGGCGUCCGACAGCGACAGCGACGAGGACUUUGUAACUUACGGGACUCCUUUGGAGCCUUUGGAAGAAGACGAGCCCCUGAAAAAGCCCGUCCCGCUGCACGAGCAGACGGUCAAAGAUGAGAAGGGGCGAUAUAAGCGCUUCCACGGAGCGUUCACCGGAGGCUUUUCAGCCGGAUACUUCAACACGGUCGGCUCAAAGGAAGGCUGGACCCCGGCAUCCUUUGUGUCGUCACGACAACAGAAAGCGGAGAAACACCACACCAGACCGGAAGAUUUCAUGGAUGAGGAGGAUUUCAGUGAACACGGCAUCGCUCCCAACGAGAUCACCACCAGCCUGGAGUUCUCGUCCAGUCGCAGAGACGAGGCGGCGGAGAAGGCGAGAGCCGUCGGCGCUCAGGCUGCACCGAUCCCCGGAGACAUGCUGCUGGAGGAGCUGAUCACACCUGCCAGGUCGUCCGUGGGGGUGGAGCUGCUGAGGAGGAUGGGCUGGAAGGACGGUCAGGGCGUCGGGCCUCGCGUGAAGAGGAAAGCUCGCAGACAGCAGGCGGAGGGCGGAGUCAAAGUUUACGGCUGUUUGCUGCCCCCUGCUGGUUCAGAGGGCUCGGAGGACGACGACGACGACGAGUUUGCUCCAGAGAAUGUGACCUUUGCCCCGAAGGACGUGACUCCGGUGGAUUUCAGCCCGAGGCUGGGGCUUCAGGGUUUGGGGUACUGCGGUCUGGACCCCAGCCUUGCGUUGCAGGGCCGCGGAGCGCCUGAACACAUCGACCUGUUUAAGCCUCAGUCUGAGACGAGGAACCGCCUGUUUGGAGACACGCAGGGCGGCUCGAGGAGAGGAGGGGUGGUCGGACAGGCCUUUGGCGUGGGAGCUCUGGAGGAUGACGAUGAAGACGUGUACGUCAGAGACUCCAUGUCCAGAUAUGACACGGUCCUGGGAGAGGAGGAGCCGGGAGACGGGCUGUAUGGCUGGACGGCUCCGCAGCAAUACACCAGGAAAAAAGACAGAAGCAGAGAUGCUUCAUACAUCGGCAAAAUCCUGGAAGGAUUCACUCUGGCACAGAAACCACCCGAGGAAAAAACUAUCUUCCCGCCUCCCUCUCUGCCCAGAGAUUAUCGUCCCAUCCAUCAUUUCCGUCCGUCGGUCAACAUUUCGCAUCUUUCUGGGGUCAGUCCUGCGCUGGCUGAGGCUCUGCGGGUCUCUAAAGGCCACAUGGUCAAAGAGGAGCCCCAGCAAGGAGGACGCCACCAGCUGGACUCCGGCCAGAGGAGGGCGCUGCUGGGAGAGGAUGUCCUGCAAGGUCCCAGUUCAGUCAUGGAGCUGCUGAGGCCCGAGGACAGGCAGCGCCUGCUCAGCUUCCGCAACUCCUCUAACCCACCCUCAGCCAAACCCUCCACCCCGGUCUCCAGCGAGGCCUCGCAGCCGGCCGUGCUGACAUCAGGAACGUCGGCAGGAGUCCCGCCUCCUUCCUCCGGCCUCCAGCAGCAGCAGGAAGCUCUGGCGGCGUGGAGAGGCAUCCAUACGUCUACGCAGACUUUUAGACCGUUUGAGAAAAACCCCAGCAAGCAGGCGCGCUACGAGCUCUACCUGAGCCGUCUCAAACUGGGAGACAAAGACGCUCUGGAGCAGAGUCUGGACUCGGGGAUGACCGAGUGGGAGCGCAGUCGGGAGAGGGAGGAGUUUGUCCGAGCUUCCAUCUUGUACCGCCCCACCUCCUCCUCGCUGUCCUCCCGCUUCACCAGAGCCAAACACCAGGAGGACGAUGACACCGUGGAGGUCAGCCAGGACCAAGAGGGAGACGUGGACGACAAACAGGCUGCAGUAAAGAUGAAGAUGUUUGGAAAACUGACCAGAGAAACAUUUGAGUGGCAUCCUGACAAACUGCUCUGCAAAAGAUUCAAUGUGCCCGACCCCUAUCCCGGGUCUGGUCUGCUGGGUCUGCCGAAGGUGAAGAGAGACAAAUUUUCGGUCUUUAAUUUCCUGACUGUGACUGAGAGCAGAGAGGCUGCAGCACCUCCAAAACCUCCGGAGCCCGGGAAGAAGUCGAGGUGGGACGUCUCCGAGCAGAAGGACGACCCGCUGAGCGAGCUGCUCAGUGCUGCACGGAACCAGACCGAGACCAAAGCGGAGCCGGCCCCCGGACCUGCUUCACCCGCCUCCAUCAGCACCAGCGGGCAGACUCCAGGAAGCAAACCCGAGAUGAAGUCAGCAGAUCAGCUGACCUCAGACCAGAAGAAAGAUGGAGAUGAAGAGGAAGAAGAGGAGAGCCGGCCCCCCAUGGAUCUGUUUAAGGCCAUCUUUGCCAGCUCCUCUGAGGAGAAGUCCUCCUCUUCAUCAGAGAGAGACAGCAACGAUGAGGAGGAUGGAAAGGACACCAAGGAUGAUGAAGGAAAAAUGGACUCAGAGCCACUGAACCUUUUCAGCAUCCCCUCCACCUCCAUCACCUCCUCCUCCUCCUGCGCCACCACCACCACCUCCCAUCAGCAAACAGCAGCCGUUUCCUCUCAGAGCUCCACACAGGAAGAGGAGGAGUUUGGUCCGAAGCUGCCGCCCCCCUCGGCUGCUCUGACCAGAGGAGGCGCCACCUCCAUCUGCUCCCCCAGUGAGGAGGAGAAGCCAGGAAGGAGCAAAGAGAAGAAACACAAGAACAGGAAGCAACACAAACACAAGAAGGAGAAGAAGAAGAAGAAACACAAGAAGCACAAACACAAAGGGAAACAGCAGAAGAAGAGCAAGAAGGAGGAGUCAGGCAGCAGCUCAGAGGACAGCGAUGAGGACGGUGAAGAGAGACAGGUGUCGAUGGAGCUGCUGAAAAGACUGCAGAGCGUGCGGUCCCAUCAGACCCGGUGAGUCGGGUGGAGGUGUGUCCUCAGUGAGGACCGUCGUGUAGCUUCAGAUAAUAAACUGUUUAUUACUGUUUGGUGUUGAUGAUACUCAGGAAAAUCCUGACAAACAGGUG